UUUUCUGUGAACUUGGGGCAGGCAGUUCUUGAAACUCGAGUGACUUCUUAUAACUUGGGGUUUUCUUCCUGAGUCUGGGACCUGGGUGCUGCACCUCGCGUGCGCGGAUCCGGGAUCCUCCUUCCCGCCGCGCCUCCUCCCCUGGCUCCGCCCUGGGAUCCUUAAGUUUUCCUCCGUCUCCAGCGCAGGGAGCAGCGGCGGCUGCGGGCGUGGUGGAGCCGCGCGCCCCGGGAGUGGGGCUGCAGGGAGCAUCCCAAGGACCAGUGAGGACAAGGGAUCCGGAGGCCUGCACCCCCCUCCCGCCAGCCGUGCUGACCCUGGCAUCCCUGCUCCCCGUCCCCAGAAUGCUCUGGGCCCUCCUGCUCUUGGCUGCCUCCGGCAGUGCUGAGAGCACAGAGUGGGACAGCCCCAGCUGCACCGAAGGCGUGGUUUCUGUGUUCAGGGGUGAGCCAGCUGUGAUGGCCUGCAACAUCUCCAACCCCUUCUCCCACAUCACCAUCACCCUGUGCACCUACCGUGGGGAGAGCCGGCAGCUGGUGUUCAGUGAGCCGGCCCCAGGAGACUUCUCCCGGGAUGGGUGGCGGCUCUGGGUUCAAGGAGGCCAGGCGCAGCUGGUGAUUGAAAAGGCCCAGGACACCCAGGCAGGGCGGUACCGCUGGAUUCUUACGGGAAACCAGAGAAACUCUGAAAUCACCACCCUGAACGUCUCAGAGCCCCAAGACACAUUCUUCACACCUUCCUACGGCCCGGCAGACACCACGGGCUCGGCACCUGGGACCUCUAUGCUUCCAGGGCCGUGGAAAUCUAUUCCAUUUUGCCUGAAUCGGACGGGAAGUGUUGAUGCACUUGAAGUCACAUCAAAGGUCAUUUUAACAUUGAUGUUGUGGGGGGUGCUCACAGAAGUCACUGGACACAUCUAGGCAGGAAACCUCGAAGGAAAUGCUGAGUCUAGGUCUUUGACUAAUUUUAUCUUCUACUUGUUGCUUAUCUGUAUUUUCAAGGAUUUCUCUAAAAGGAGUUUAGUUCUGGGUCCGUGUAAUGCUCUAGAGACCCUGCCUCCCAUUUCCAUACCCCCUUCUCAGCCACACUGAGCCCCUGCAGACUCUUAGGCACACCAGGCACUUUCUGGCCUCAGGGAUCAUGCACCUCUGAUCCCUCUGCUUGGAACACUGUUCCCAGGUACCACAUGACCCUCCCUCACCUCCUCAGUCCUUUACUCCUAUGGCUCCUUUAAGUUCAGCCCCCUCCCCUGAUACACUGCGCAUCCUGCCCUAGGUCCACUUGUUUCUGGAGGCCAGUCCAGGCCCCUGGCCUCUUGUCCGUUCUACCCUCUGCUCCCGGCACAGGGGUGGCACUACAGGCACCCGGGGUGUUGGUGAUGAACAAAGAAUGAGAUUAGGAAGGCCCUUCUUUCCUCAAGCCCUGUACUUUCAUCACCUCCUGCCAGCAACCUGCAAGGACCCUCGGGGCCUUUGGCAAGAUUCCCUCUCAAACAGAUACGUCCCUCACACAAGGAGGAUCUGCGGGCAAGAGAGCAGCCCCUGCCUGAGGCUGUCAGCCCCUCAGACCUGAACAGCCCCACCCCCAAACCCCACCCACGUCCCAGGACCCCCAGCCAUCAGCAGACAGGAGCAACCUGGCCAAUGGAGGACCUUCCAGGGAGGAAACAGCUCAGGACUGCAGGUCCACGUGUGAGCUGUGCACACACCCACACGUGGCUUUGGGCCCCAACGCGCCAGUCUUGGCCAUCUGACCCAUGGCAGCCCUGGGGACAGAGCAGUGCACCUCCUGGUUCCCCAGAGUAGGUCUCUCUCCCAGGGACCUCCGUGCCCCCGGGGUCAGGGGCCCAGCAUGGGUCUCCCUCUGCCCUGGGGGCUGAUCACGUGGUUUGGCUGAGCUGCCUCCGGCCCCUGCAUCCACAGGAAACAGAAUCGGAAGCCGCUUGCUCCUACAGCACAGCCGAAUCCUGAGGCACGUGCCUGGCCCCCUCUCUACGGUUGCACGGAAGCGGGGCUCCGUGUGGCCACCCGCAGCCCCCAUGCUGUGGGGCUAACUUACUCCAAGUUUCUGGGCAUAAAUCAGGUCUCAACAGAAAGUAAACCAGAGGGCAGGGCGGCUGGAGCCUGACCUCCCGCCUCAGCUGGGCAGGGGCCCCCUCGCAUUUCUCCUGGUCACCACCCCCAGCCUCCCCUUCCUCUCUUCUCCCUGAUGGGCACUCUGCAGAGGCGGCAGGGGCCCACCUGUGGGCCGGGGUCCACCUGUGGGCGCUCAGCAGGAUGGGCAGGGGCGGGGGAGGGGAAUGACGGCCGACCCUCCCUCCCCCCCAGCCCUCC